AUCCUGGAAGUCCUGGAUGCUUCUAUUGGGGGCUGAGUACGUCCAUUCAUCUUAUGGGCAUGCAUGAUUCUCAACAGUAGACCAAAUGUACAUGAUUCCCCACACACCUCAAAUUUACCCUUUAGCCCCACCAAUAUCUGAGUAAUCCAACCCAAUCAAAGAAAGAACAAUGGGCAUUUUUGUAACUCCUUGGUUUAGCCAGCCCCAACAAGCAAUCUGUCGGUCUGGGUGUUUGUGGACCUCUUUUAGGUGUGCACACCUCUGAGUCACUGGUAGAUUUGCCAGUCUAUCUCUUAGUGUCAUUAAUUGACCACAGCUCUUUCUCUCUCAUUUAUCCUUCAUAUAUACUGGGCUACAACUCAAUAUAUAUCACCUUCUAAUUUCACUUCCAACACAAAGGGGAGAAUGGCCAACAUUAAACUAAGCUACUUACUUUUGCUACUCUCCACUUUCCUUGCAGCACAUGUAGUACAAGGAUCCAGAACUCAAGCAAUACUUCCUUUCCAGCAAAGGGUCUCUCGAUCUCAUCCAUUGUAUUUGCAGAUAAGGGGAAGCAAAGAAGCGAAGAUGAAUAGAAAUUCAAGGAGAUCGAUGAUUGGAUCCACAGCGCCUACCUGCACUUAUAAUGAAUGUAGAGGAUGCAAAUACAAAUGUAGAGCUGAACAAGUUCCGGUUGAAGGAAAUGACCCAAUCAAUAGUGCAUACCACUACAAAUGUGUUUGCCAUAGGUCAUAAAUUAUGGUUGUAAGUUUGAUUUGAGUGGACGUGUGUGGCUUAGAAUCAACAAGAUAUAUUACUGCACUUAGAAACUAGAAAUUUCUUCCACAUCCAAAUGCUACUAUUUUGUCUCUGCUGUUAUAUAUGGAUUCUGAAGAGUGGUUCCAGAUUAGCUGUUCUGGUUUCCUUUUGGCACAUCAAGAAUUUUCCUUCUAUAUCUUUAUCCUGCAAGCUUCUUGAAGGAAAGUGUAUCAUUAAUUUCUUUUUAGCUUGUUAUAUAAAAGUCUUUGAGUUCAUGUUAGAGAAAUCAAGUAGCAAUUGCCUUAAUUUUUUGUUUUUCAUUUUUGUACAAUCAAAGCUUAUUUGUGUGGUUGCACUUCUGUCUAAACAAUUUCUAAUUCGUACACAUAAUGACAAGGUCUGUAUCAUCAAAGAGUAUAGCCAUUUGUCAACUUGAUCAACUUUUUAUCCUAUGGACAACUACAUUAUGUUUUGGUUUUAGGGUAUUUUCUAUUUUGGUCCAAAGCAAAUAGAAACAAAUUCUGGUCAUUGGGAUUAUAUCUUUGACAAGGUUGCGUCAACAUGUUCAUGUUCAAUAUACA